AUGAUCAAACCAAUGAUCAAACCAACGAUCAAACCAACGAUCAAGCCUGUGAUCAAACCAAUGUUUAAACCAACGAUCAAGCCUGUGAUCAAACCAAUGUUUAAACCAAUGAUCAAGCCAGUGAUCAAACCAACGAUCAAGCCAGUGGUCAAACCAAUGUUUAAACCAAUGAUCAAGCCAGUGAUCAAACCAACGAUCAAACCAAUGUUUCAACCAAUGAUCAAGCCAGUGAUCAAACCAACGAUCAAACAAACGACCAAGCCAGUGGUCAAACCAAUGUUUAAACCAAUGAUCAAGCCAGUGAUCAAACCAACGAUCAAACAAACGAUCAAGCCAGUGGUCAAACCAAUGUUUAAACCAAUGAUCAGACCAAUGAUCAAGCCAGUGAUCAAACAAACGAUCAAGCCAGUGGUCAAACCAAUGUUUAAACCAAUGAUCAAGCCAGUGAUCAAACCAACGAUCAAACCAAUGUUUCAACCAAUGAUCAAGCCAGUGAUCAAACCAACGAUCAAACAAACGACCAAGCCAGUGGUCAAACCAAUGUUUAAACCAAUGAUCAAGCCAGUGAUCAAACCAACGAUCAAACAAACGAUCAAGCCAGUGGUCAAACCAAUGUUUAAACCAAUGAUCAGACCAAUGAUCAAGCCAGUGAUCAAACAAACGAUCAAGCCAGUGGUCAAACCAAUGUUUAAACCAAUGAUGAAACCAAUAAUCAAACCAAUUAUCAAACCAAUGUCAUGUCUCAGUGUUGUGUUAGAGCCAUGUCUCAGUGUUGUCUUGAAUCAGACCCGAGUGUUACAGUCAUGUCUCAGUGUUGUGUUAGAGCCAUGUCUCAGUGUUGUCUUGAAUCAGGCCCGAGUGUUACAGUCAUGUCUCAGUGUUGUGUUAGAGUCAUGCCCAAGUGUUGUGUUAGAGUCAUGUCCAAGUGUUGUGUUAGAGCCAUAUUCAAGUGCUGCGGAUGACUGA